GUACGCGAAAUUAUUUGGGAAAGAGAGUACCAACGAAAUAAUUCUUCGCGUUUUGCACCAUAUCCGACUGCAACGGAGACAGUGAAAUUGUCCGAAGAUUUCGACUCAACCCUUGGUCAAGAUGUGGGUGGAAGAAUUUGGAGAGGUGUUUGACAUGUUUAAGAGUAGUUGGCCGCUAACUUGGCUCUUUCUCGUACCGGUGCUGAUCAUGAUUUCACCGGUUCACGCAGCCCACGAAUUCAGCGCAUAUCGUAUGCAGCAGUUUGAUUUGCACGGGACACAAUUCGGCUGUCGUAAUGCCCUUGUCAACAUGGAAGCAAGGCCUAUCAACACCCCUGUGUUAACAAGACGUUGCAUCAUCACAAAACUGGCAGAUCUAACUGCCGUUAGAUACAGGGAUAUGAUGGAACAAUCAGCUGGUGGUCUACUCAUAUUAAUACCCAAAGAGCUUAGUACCUUACCACAGGAAGUUAUCAAGCAUUGGUUAGAGUUAGAACCACAGAUGAUGGAGCAGGAGACGACGAUGCCUGUGUAUUUCGCUCACGAAGAUGAGGAUCUUCUUGAAAUCCUUGAAGAAGUCCAGAGGGCUGGCGGCUCUGACCAAGCCGGUACUGCUGCAGAAGCUUUACUUGGUGCAGUGUAUGCCAAUGGCUUCCAGAUGGUUGUGAGUGGACCCCAGGCUAAGCCAAUCAAGGAUGCACCCAUCAUCAGCUUGCAGGGCAAGCUGACAGGCAAGGGUGUAGAGGACCAGCUCCCCACCAUUGCAAUAGUCGCUCACUAUGAUACCUUUGGAAUAGUUCCAUAUUUAUCUUUUGGAGCUGAUUCCAACGGUAGCGGGGUAGCAGCAUUGCUUGAGCUCAGCCGACUUUUAUCUAAGCUCUACUCCAACUCAAGAACUCAUGCAAAAUAUAAUUUCCUGUUCCUUUUAUCUGGAGGUGGUAAAUACAGCUACCAAGGCACUAAGAGGUGGAUCGAGGAUAGCUUGGAGAGUACAGAAUCUUCGCUGUUGAGUGAUGUCUCCUUCGUGCUGUGUUUAGACAGCAUUGCAGCAACGGACAACUUAUUUUUGCAUGUUUCAAAACCACCUAAAGAAGGAUCAAUCUCACAUCAAAUCUUCAAGGAAAUGGAGACGGUCUCCAACAACCUGUAUCCACAUGUCAAUUUCAGCAUGAUACACAAGAAGAUCAACUUGGCUGAUGACUUACUGGCGUGGGAGCAUGAGAGAUUUAGCAUGCGUAGACUGCCAGCAGCAAGUCUCUCACAUAUGAAAACGCACAAAGACGAGUAUAGGACUUCCAUGUUGGAUGAUAGGUCAAGAGUGGAUGUUGACGUUUUAGCACGUAACAUCAAAGUACUAGCAGAAGCAUUAGGGAGACACAUCUAUGGUAUUAGCAAAAACAGCAUAGAUCAACAGCCGGAGAUCUUUGUAGAUGGAAUGGGUAUAAAUAAAGACUUCCUCGGGUCAUGGGUCAACUUCUUAUCGUCUAAUCCUCGUCCAGCACAACUCAUGGUGUCUAAAGACCAGCCAGUCUUAGUCACACUGGAGAAGACAUUGUCUAAACAUCUCAAUAAUGAGGUCAAGAUGGUAUCCAUUAAGGCAGAUAAGAGAGAGCCUGAAUUUGUCUUCUAUGAUGGUAUGAAAUUCACCAUGUAUGCCUACAAUGUGAAGCCAGCUGUAUUUGAUCUGUUUCUGGCAGCAGCUAUUGCUGGGUACCUAGGAAUCAUUUAUCUUGCAGUGCAGCACUUUUCAACCCUUUUGGCCUUAGUAAAAAAGUACUCAUCACCAGCCCCCACCAAGGAGUCCUGAGUGAUGAUGUCAUGAUGAUGUCAUCAGCGGCAAAACUAUGAGUAACUCGUUGUUUUUUGAACAUUUAUACCGAAACAUUUCGUAGUGUGUAAGAUGCUUGUGACUGUCUUCUGUGUUUGUUAGUUUGGUGUGAAAGGAGGGUGAGAGUAUGUGAAUGUGUUUAAUAAUUAGGAAGUUGAAUGUUUGUAUUAUUUUGAAUAUAAUGUUGACUGAUAGGAAAAUUAUUCCAUUGAACCCUGGUGGAUAUAGGCCUGGGCGACUUGUGAAAGUUACUACUCGACUAGUCGCACGUCGAUUUAUUCUUAAUUCCAAAGCUGCAUUGCGGCAUAUUGUUUUCCGCAGGCACAAUACAUUAAAAAUCACGCUGAAAGUAUUAAAGAAUUGUGUUGGUAAUUUUUAAAUGUGUUUCAUAAAUAAAUCAUGUUAUCGAAUAGUGUUGUGUGCGACACAUUUGGCUCACCAAGCAGGUAGUUGUGACUAAGUAUUUUUUAAGUAGUCUGGCGGCCAAUUAACCGAGCAAUUGAAAAAUGGUAGUCGCAACGCGACUUAAAGCAUUUAAUUGUCGCGACUUCCACACAAGUCGCACUAGUCGCCCAGGCUUAGUGGAAAUCUAAUAUCAACUAAAUAAGAUUAUUCAAAUUGAUUGAAUCGGUUUGCUGACUUCCUGGGCAGUAUUAUCAGGAACUUCAACCCUUCAGCAUUUUGUAACUCGGCACAUCAACCUUGUGACUGAAUCCUCACCCCUGCACACUGCACCACUCACUCAAAAGCACGACGCAAGUUUCCAAGUUAAAAAAUACUAGUUUUCUGAGGGAUGCUUUACCUACAAUUUUUUUUUUUCAUAUCUUUACUACUUAUUUUUCGAUCACACUGAUUUUAAUAGUUCAUAUUAUGAAAAGCUAAAUAUGAAUUUACGCCAUUUGCAAUUUAGAUCUGAAAAAUGUCUGGUACAAUGACUUGCUAGAUAACACGUCACUGCAUAAGUUCAAAUUCGUCAGACAAUAGAGACAGUUGCUAUGACACAUGAUUAUGGUCAAGUGUUUGCUUAGUUUUGUAAGAGACGGUGAACACCAGUACACAGUUCUGAAUGAAUGUGUAUGGCAUAAUGGUAACCAUGGGUUGCUCAUCUCGGGGUGCUUUUCAAAAGCCCAGAAACUUUUGAUAUAGCAACCGUCUCUAUACGUAGAUGAUGUAACCUAUGUUUACAUUCAAACGGCCCUCUGUUGAAAAAAACACUGUAUAUUUAUGUCAUGUUUCGCCGGGCAAAA